AUGAAAUACGUUGCUGCCUACCUUUUGCUCACCCUCGGAGGAAACGCCUCCCCAUCUGCUGCUGAUGUCGCCAAGGUCCUCAGCUCCGUCGGUGUUGAGUCUGACUCUGCCCGCGUCGAUGCCCUGAUUGCUGAGCUCUCUGGCAAGGACGUCGCUGCCCUCAUUGCCGCUGGCAAGGGUAAGAUCGGUGCUGCCCCAGCUGCCUCUGCCGCCGCUGCCCCAGUUGCCGCUGCCGCCGCCGCCCCAGCUGCCGCCGCUGCUGCUCCAAAGAAGGAGGAGAAGAAGGAGGAGUCCGAUGACGAUAUGGGAAUGGGUCUCUUUGAUUAA